GUGUGAAUCGGCACAAUUAGACUGAAGAUGAGAAUUCAGAGAAUGUGGUGGACAAAACCGUUGGCGGCGUGUGGCCUUCUAAUUCUUUUAUGGAUGCCAUCGGGUUGUGAAGCUGAUGAUGAUAAUCCCGUAACAUCUCGAUUUCAUUGCUUGAAGAAUGGAUGUUGCGAUCAUCACGAAUGGUGCAGAUUCUGGGCUUCAGUUGGAGAAUGCAAGACAAAUGCUGACUGGAUGGUUGACAACUGCCAACUUGCCUGCAAUACUUGUACAAGAAAGAAUGUUAUCAGACCAGCAACAAAAGCACCAAAUCGUAUGAGAAGGCCUCCACCACGAAAAUUAGCUCAAACGCCAAGACCUCCAGUUGUCACAACACAACGCCCAGCUCCACCACAAUCCCGUCCACCACCAGUUACUCGUCGACCAACAUUUAUUUCUACAACAACUUCCAAACUCAGCACCACUCACUCUCCAAUUGUUCAUAAAACCGCACGGCCACCGAUCAGAGUUGCUAGCUCAUUUGGCUCAAAGGGGAAGAAGGUGACUCGCAAGUUCUUCUUUUUCUUCAAUAGUACAAGAACUGCUUCUACGGUCCCCUCAACAACCGUAAUUCCCACGACGACAAGAAUCCCAACAACAGUCACGACAACAACUGAAACUACUACAACCCCUCAAUCAACUACAACUACCACAACGGUACCACCAACAACCACCACAUCUACAACAACUACAACAACAAUUGCCACGACAACUACAUCCACCUCACCUGCUCCUGUACCUGUUCAGCAAUUUGUUCCGUCAUUUUCAGACGGUGCUUCUGACGCUUCUGGUCCUUUACCUGCUUUUGAAGGCACCACUGUAAACUUUGAAACUUCUUCCAGAAGACUUCAAACAGUUACCCGCCGUCCAUUUGCAAAUCGUCGACCUGCACCACGUCAACGUACAAACAUCAUUCGACCAACGAUUCGACCAACUCCACGAGUUUUCACCGUAACAACCCCAAUUCCAACAUUUGCCUUUGUUCCUGAUAUUGCUCCAGUUACUCGAUUCUUUGUUCAAAGACAACCGGUCACUAGAAGGCCACUUCCAGCAGUAUUCUUCACAACAAGACGGACAUUCCCACCACCAACAACAACUACAACUACAACUACUCAAGCGCCAGCAACCACUCAUUUCACCAGGGAAUUUACACCACCACCAACUACUAGAUCAUUUAUUAACACUGGUUCAAAUGCGCGAUGCAGAGAUAUUAUCAAUGAUCCAAUUGUUGCUGCAGAAGACAUGUGGAGAGAAAGACUUGUGGUUGCCACAGAAGAUAAUACUCGUCGGCAAACUGUUGAUCUGGAUCAAGUCAUUCGUUCCAAUACGGCUAACGCCUGCACUCCUAGAUUGGAUGAAGCUGACUGCGAAGCUAACAUUUGCUACAAUGCUAUGUUCCGUACUCUUGAUGGAACUUGUAAUAAUAUGAAGGGAGAACCACUUAGAGGAGCUUCUUAUCGUCCAUAUACACGAUUGUUGCCGACUAUUUAUGAUAACGAGGUUUCUGAACCAGUUGGAUCCUUGUUCACUGAUGCACGUCCAUCACCUCGUGAGAUUACACGAAGACUGACAUCUUCUCAAGCUUCUGUCGAAUCACCAGAUUACAAUGCACUUAUCAUGCAAUUCGGACAAUUUAUCUCCCACGAUAUGGCCAAGACAACUCUCGUUCCAUCAUCAAAAUGCAAUGUUUGUCAGAAUAUUACGAGUCGUUGUAUGUCGGUUCCAAUUACUUUUGACGAUUCUAAUGCAAACUUCCGACAGGCUCAAUGCAUUCGUGUUUCUCGGUCAUCUCCAAUUUGCGGAUCAGGAAAUUUGAAGCCACGUCAGCAAUUGAAUGAGAACACUGGAUAUAUUGAUGCGUCUCCAAUUUACGGAUCUUCAGUGCACGAUUCCAAGAAAUUCCGAGAUGGAAAUUCAGGAUUCUUAAAACUUCCAAUGUUUAAUGGAAAAGCAUUCUUGCCAUUUGACCAGAACAAAUGCAGAAAUCGUGGCCAAUGCUCUGUGAUCUUCACUGCUGGAGACAGUCGUGUUAAUCUUUUCGUGGGGCUUUCUGCCUGGCAUACAAUCUUCACGGAAGAACACAAUCGUCUUGUAACAGCAUUCAAAAGAUUGAAUCCACAUUGGGAUGGUGAACGUCUUUAUCAAGAAGCCAGAAAAAUGAUCGGAGCUCAAGUUCAAGCAAUUGUAUACCGUGAAUGGCUUCCAAAAGUUCUAGGAGCAUCUUUUGCGACGGUUGUUGGAGAUUACAGAGGAUAUGAUUCAGAUGUUGAUUCAACUGUGGCAAAUGAAUUUACAUCGGCUGCAUUCCGAUUUGGACAUGGAAUGAUUCAAGAAUUCUAUCAACGUCUUGAUAAUUCAUUCCGUAAUAUUUCAUUUGGUGCAUUGCCAUUCCAAAAAGGAACUCUUCAUUCUGAUGUUCUUGUAAACGAAGGAGGAGUCGAUCCAUUGAUCAGAGGAAUGUUUUCCCAGAAUGUGAAAAGACCACAAAGAGUAACAACUACAGUAACUGAAAACAUGUUUGGAUCAACUGAUCUGUCAACAAUCAAUAUUCAAAGAGGAAGAGAUCAUGGACAUCCAGCAUAUGUUAAAUACAGAGAAUUAUGUGGAAUGGGAACUGCAUUCAACUUUGAACAUUUAUCACGAGAAAUUUUGAAUACUGGAACAAGAAACAAGCUGCAAGAAAUAUAUGGAUCAGUUGACAAGAUUGAUUUAUGGGUUGGUGCACUGCUUGAGGAUCCAAUCAUUCGAGGCUUGGUUGGACCAACUGUUGCUUGUAUAAUCGGCCCACAAUUCAAAAGAACACGAGAUGGAGACAGAUUCUAUUACGAAAAUCCGGGAGUGUUCUCUCGCCGUCAACUUGUCGAGAUUCGCAAGAGCUCUCUGAGCAGAAUUAUUUGCGAUAACACAAACACAAUAUCAACAAUUCCACGAGAAGCAUUCCGAGUGGGCCAUAUGGUUCCAUGUAGUCAGAUUCCGUCGAUGGACCUCAAUCAGUGGCGAGACUUUUAAACGACAAAAAAUGACAGCACAUUUAUACUUUUAAUUCAAUAUGUUUGUUCUAUUUUUCACAUUCCUUUUGUCACAAAUGCGGGGUAUGGGCAGAAAAGCUCACUUCAAAUUCUCUCUCUCUCAAUUAAUUACUAGGUUAUAAUUUCAUUCUCUCUGGAAUUGUUUCAUGAUUAUAGUGCGAAAUAAAACGUUUAUGAAAUUCG